ACGAGAAAAAGAAAAAAACUUUGUUGUCCCAAACCCAAAAGGCUAAUGAAAUGUUUAAAGAAACCUUUAAAAAAUUCGGUUUAUUGGCUAUUCCUCCCACUUUAACUGGUCUACUAGGACUGAUAUUGAGAAAAAGCGGGAUCGACAACGUUAACAGUUUAAGAGGGAUCGACAUUGCCGGGAUCGACACAAAUUUUCGAGCGGUAGGGAUCGACAAGAAUGUCGAACCCUUAAAAAAUGUCGCCCCUAUUACCUCGAAUGUUAUAAGUGAACCCGAGCCAAGUAUUAAUAUUAAACGCUUAAAAGAUAAAGGUUUUUCCACAGAGAAAAUUAAUAAACUUUGUGAACUUCAAAACGAAAUUACUCGCUUGAAAUUAGAACUAGAUGGAAUGAAAAAAACUCCAUUAGCCAUCGAGAGAAGUUCGACCAACAAACUCUUAAUAGAUUGUCCGGUAUUUUCCCAAGAACUCAAUAAAGAAAUUGGGGAUGAUAUAACCACUUUAAAUAAAUAUAUUAACCGGCAGGGGCAAAUUAUUCCUCGUAUUUAUACCAAAUUAAGUGCCAAGGACCAGCAUGAAUGCAUAGUGCCAGUUUUUGCCCUCGUUCGGGAAGUCAUCCGUCGCCAAAUUGGGCUGUUGCUUUUUCCCACCCAAAUUUUUGGCGGGCUGGUUCUCCACGAGGGGAAUAUCGCCCAAAUGAAUACGGGAGAAGGCAAAACCUUAACAGCUUUUUUGCCAAUCUGCCUUAAUGCUUUGACCGGAAAAUCCGUUUUUGUGGUAACUGUGAACGAGUAUUUAGCCCAACUAUUGGACUUUUUUGGUAUUCCUUCCGGAGUUAAUUUACGGGAUUAUUCGGCCGUUGAGAAGAAAGAUUUAUAUCAUAAUUGUACGGUUAUUUACACCACCAGCAGCGAGUUAGGUUUUGAUUAUCUUCGGAACAACCUGGUAACUAAUAUUGACGAGAAGCAGAAGCAGGAUUAUUAUUAUGCCAUUAUUGACGAGGUCGAUUCUAUUUUAAUUGACGAAGCCCAGAAUCCCCUAAUUAUUUCCCGACCCACCCGAGGAAAAGGCAAAAUUCACCCUCUCGAAUAUCAACUAGCCACGAAAAUAGCUAGUUUGCUCGUGGAAAAAAAAGAUUAUAUCGUUGACCAAAAAGAUAGAAUUACCAAAGAGAAACUAAUUUUAAUUGACCUUCUUACUGGUCGUUUGGCUCUCAACCGGGUUUAUGGCUCUGGAAUACACCAAGCUAUUGAAAGUAAAGAAAAUCUACUAGUCACUCCUCCUAGCAAGAACAUUGCUACUAUUACUUACCAAAAUUUCUUUCGGCUUUUUACUAAAUUGUCAGGCAUGACCGGUACAGCCGAAAGCGAGACUAAGGAAUUUCGGGAAGUUUACGGGAUGGAGGUUAUUGUUAUUCCUCCUUAUCGCAAACUGAUUAGAAAGGACCAUGAGGCUCUAUUUUUCCUUGCCCGAGAUAAUAAGUACCGAACCAUAGUUCGAAAAGUCAAAAAAAACUCUCAAACUCAGAAAAGACCAGUUCUAGUGGGUUCCCCUAGUUUGGAAGUAUCUGAACAUAUUUCACAGUUGUUAACCCAGGAAGGAAUUUUUCAUCAGGUUUUAAAUGCGACUAAUCACGAACUCGAAGCCCAAAUCAUUUCCCAAGCCGGAGAAAUGGGUUCCGUGAUUGUUUCCACUAACAUGGUAGGUCGAGGGGUUGAUAUUCCUUUGAGUAAAGAAAGUAAGGAGGCCGGGGGGUUGAUGGUGAUUAUAGUUGAGCCUAACUCAGUUUUACGACCCGACCAACAAUUUCGGGGACGAGCCGGAAGACAAGGCCCCAAAGUAGUAUUACAACGCCCCUUCGGCGGCAAAGUUAUUAAUUUGCUUGUUUCGGAAGCCCAAGAAACUCUUCGCAAUAUUCAAUCCGAUCACCGACAACGGACCCUUAACCGUGAUUUGCUGAUUAAUCGACAACGAAAGAUAACCUACCAUUAUCGAGAAAAAAUAUUAACCGGCUCAAAAUUAGAAAAGUUGGCCUCCCUUCCCGCUUCAAAUAAUUUUAAUAAUCAAAGUGAACAUCUUCGUUCGCUUUUGCUCCGUCACGUAGAUAAUUUUUGGUCUGAAUAUCUAGAAUGUUUAGACAAAAUUGACGAACUAACCAAAAUUAGCUGUGAAAAAACCAAGAGUGCUAGAACUCGUUUUGCCCCUAGUCCGACCGGAGAUUUACAUUUAGGUGGAGCACGAACGGCCUUAUUUAAUUAUUUGGUAGCGAAACAGAAGCGAGGACAAUUCAUUUUAAGAAUUGAAGACACCGAUCAACAAAGAAAUCAUGAAGAAUUUGUUUAUCGACAAUAUGAAGAUUUGAGACUAGAUAUUUACCAAAAAUACCUGCAACAAUUAUUAACAGAAAAAAAGGCUUAUUACUGCUUUUGUUCAGCGGUCGAGUUAACCCAAGAAAAAGAAAGAUAUCUUCAGGAAAAUCAAAAAAGUAAUUACCAAUAUUCUCGCAAAUGCCUAAAAUUAACUCUUGAAGAAGUUAACCUUUUCCUCCGAGAAAAAAAGAGUUAUCUUAUUCGUUUUCAUACUAACCAAGAAAAAAACUAUCAAUUAAUUGACUUAGUUCGUGGCCAAGUAGUUUUUCCUGGUAACGAUAUUGAAGAUUUUGUGCUUUGUCGAAGCAACGGUGUUCCUUUACUAAAUUUCGCUGUGGUAGUUGACGACCACACCAUGGAAAUUAACUAUAUUUUACGGGGUGAAGAACAUUUAUCCAAUACAGCUAAGCAGUUGGUUUUGUAUGAAGCUCUAGGCUGA